CCUCCUCAUGUUCCCAUACAAGCGGCUGCAGAGAGGCUGCAGCUUGCAGAGCUGUGAGCCGGACGGACAUCUGCUCAGAGGAGCUUCAGUCAGGAGCUUUCCUUCAGACCGCAGGACGUUUCAGGGAUCCAGGAGACAUGAUCGGAACCGCCCUCUCUGUCCUGCUCUGCCUCGCCUCUCUCUGCUCAGCUCGGCCUCAGCCAGCGUCUCCACCGAGGAUCCGCUGGAGGUCGUCCGGCGCUCUUGCAGGGAAGGUGGUGUUACCGUGUCACUUCUUCAGGACGCCUCUCGCUGCCUCCACGUCUCUGCCGCUCUCUGCUGAGGACGUUCGGGUCAAGUGGGUGAAGCUGGAGGAGCAGGAGGAGAAGUUGGUGCUGGUGGCUCAGGACGGGGAGGUGAUGGUGGGGAAGAAGUACCGUGGCAGGGUGUCGGUUCCGAUCCACCGGUGGGACGGGGACGCCUCGCUGGUGAUGGACGAGCUCAGGGCCAGCGACGCCGGGCUGUACCGCUGUGAAGUGGUGGAGGGGAUGGACAGCAUCCAGGACACCGUCAGCCUGAACGUCUCUGGUGUGGUUUUCUACUACAACAAAAAAGAUGGUCCAAUGACAUUUUACCAGGCAAUAGAGGCGUGCCAAGCCGUCCACGCCUCCAUCGCCACCCCGGAACAGCUGUACGCCGCCUUCUACGACGGCAUGGACCAGUGUAGCCUGGGCUGGCUCGCCGACCGGUCGGUCCGGUAUCCGAUCUCGCGGCCUCGAGAGGGCUGUGAGGGCGACCUGGGGGACCGCAAAGGCGUGAGGUCGUACGACAUCCGUGACCCUUCACAGCUGAACGACGUUUACUGUUUCAUAGACCAACUGAACGGUGAAGUCUUCUACCCCCCCUCCCUCAGUGAGAAGCUCACCUUCCAGCAGGCCAGAGAGGAGUGUGAGAAGCACGACGCCGUGCUGGCGUCCACUGGUCAGCUGUUCGCCGCCUGGAGGGCGGGGCUUAACCGCUGCGACUACGGCUGGCUGUCCGACGGGAGCGUCCGCUAUCCCAUCAACGUCCCCCUGCCUCAGUGUGGCGGGGGCCAGCUGGGGGUCCGGAGCCUUCACUACCCCGACCCGGAAGAGCGCUACGGAGCGUACUGCUUCAGAGCGUCUCCACCGAGGAUCCGCUGGAGGUCGUCCGGCGCUCUUGCAGGGAAGGUGGUGUUACCGUGUCACUUCUUCAGGACGCCUCUCGCCGCCUCCACGUCUCUGCCGCUCUCUGCUGAGGACGUUCGGGUCAAGUGGGUGAAGCUGGAGGAGCAGGAGGAGAUGUUGGUGCUGGUGGCUCAGAACGGGGAGGUGAAGGUGGGGGAGAUGUACCAUGGCAGGGUGUCGGUUCCGAUCCACCCGCGGUGGGACGGGGACGCCUCGCUGGUGAUGGACGAGCUCAGGGCCAGCGACGCCGGGCUGUACCGCUGUGAAGUGGUGGAGGGGAUGGACAGCAUCCAGGACACCGUCAGCCUGAACGUCUCUGGCGUGGUUUUCCACUACAGAUCCAACAGCGGCCGUUACUCUCUUGACUUCCACCAGGCCACGGAGGCGUGCCGCGCCGUCCACGCCUCCGUGGCCACACCCACACAGCUGUUGGCCGCCUUCCAGGACGGCCUGGACCAGUGCGACGCCGGCUGGCUCGCCGACCAGUCGGUCCGGUAUCCAAUCACGCGGCCGCGCCAGGGCUGUGAGGGCGACCUGAUGAGCCACCAAGGCGUGAGGACGUACGGCGUCCGCGACGCCACCGAGGAAUACGACGUUUACUGUUUCAUAGAGCAUCUGAACGGUGAUUUAUCAGACUUGACCUCAAAGACUCAAACCCGACUGGGACUUGGGAUUAAAGACUUGAAAGUUGAAAUGAGCCAGAUGAAAACCUCGUUGGGAAACGGCCAGCAGAGAUUCUGUGGAGCUUUUAGGCGUAAAACCUGUUUCUCUGUCUGUUGUCUUACAGCUAAGCUGCCAGAACCGACCACCGCCGGCCCCCAGGAGGAUCCUGACACCCCAACCCUCGGCAGCUGGACAGUGCCCCCCCUCACCCAGAUGCCCGCCCAACCUCAGCAAGCGGAACUCCAAGCUGGAGCGGCUGAACCGACCAAGCACCCGCGCACAGAAAGCCGGCCCACCUCCCCCCAUACCACCAGCCCCCCCACCACCUUUGACGACUAUGACGUUAAAAACUUCGACAAUCCUCUCUUAGAAUCAAUUCCAAUUCCAUUAAGAGGAGACACCAUUUCGUUGCCCCCGUUACCCAAAUUUGAACCACAACCUCCAAAACUGGACGUCUCUCAUGGUGGUGGGGUUGGAGCGCUGGUUAACAGCAGCAUUGAUGCCCCCCCUGAUGGAAGUCUCCAGUCUACAAACCUGGAACUAAGCUGGUCUCCAAAAACCACAGCAGAGGAGACCUCCAGACCAGAGGGGACAAUAGAGCUGGACCCCGCCUCCUUCUCCGUGGAACCAGGACAUCAGCCCGCUGUGGUGUUCAAGGAACACCUGUCCUCUGAAGCUCCACCUGAACCAGAUUCUGAUCAGUCUGGGGCCGUUCCUGCAGGUCCAGACCCGUUUGACCAGACGUCUCUCCACAUCAUCAUCGUCAACAUGCCCAGCUCCAACCACUCAGUUGUGCCUGAGGUGGACGUGGUUUUGGACCUUCUGAAUAAGCCGUUAAAUCUCUCCGAGUCCUUCCCGUUCUACUCCGACCCCACACAGCUGACCAGCGAUGGAGUCCUUGGCAGCGGGAACGCCGACCCCCUCAACCCUCUCACCAGCUCCCCACCCCCAAUGAUCAGCUUCAUUAACGAGAACCACGAGUUGUCCUUUGAGCCUGAUCUUCCAGAAGAAGCCAGAGGAGAUCUGUUUGACAUCGUCACGGCUGGUCAGCCAACGACCGAAGAUGUGGACGACACAACCGCCUUUUACUACAACGUCAGAGAUCCUGACAUGGAGAAGACGGUUGUAGAGGAAACAACUACAGAGGAAACAACAACAACAGAGGAAACGACAGACGAUCCGAAGACUUCUUCAGAUCUUGAAAACACUCUGUUUGACACGGUCACAGACUUUAAGGCCCUGAUGACUGAAGAACCAGCACAGACCACCUCAACGGUUCUGCCCUCAGUCCCAUCAACCCCUUCAGAAACAUCCACUUCGGUCAUCUAUUCGUCUGGCUCAGAUGGUGUACUAUCUUUUGGAGUCCCAGAUGGUUCUGGAGACAUUCAGGCCACGACGCAGGCAGAAGGCUCUACAGAUGUCCCUCUCACUCAGGCGUCAGACCGCCUUGUAAGUGGAAUGACCAACGAGACAGAAAUGGAGGUUUUUACUUUCAUCCCAGACCCAAAUCCUGAGGAGACAAGCACACAGGCCCAGGCCAAAGACCUUGAAGGAUCGGCCUCUGGAGAAGAUGGGAUUUCUGAGCAAGAGCAAGACCCCACAAAGCCGUUCACAACAACCAGUAAAACUCCACCCACUCAUUCCAAGCUUCACUCCCCGACGCCUCCACCUGGAGCAGUGGAUAACCCGACUGCAAAUGCUGGUGCAGAGAGAGGUUCAGGUGGAGAGCAGCUGUCUGGGGAGGAGGAGGGUCAGUCGUCUGGGGAACAGGUCCGUCUCAGUGACCCGGAUGGAGAGGUCACAGGUACUGUGUUCCCAGAUGUAUCUGGAGACCAAACGGUCGCAACAACCCCUACAGAUAACAAGAAUGGAUCAACCACAAGACCCACGACCAGUAACCAACAAGACAAACUGACUAUCUACACAUCCGUUCACCAAACCAAACCUCUACCAUCAACAUGGUCAUCUACAAAGAGUCCUGAAGACACACCUGCCCUUCUUCCCUUAAUAAGAUCAACCACGAAGAGUCCUGAGGACACACCUGAACCUCUACUCUCAAUUAGAUUGUCUCCGCAAAGCUCCAAUCAUGGUACACAGCUUCCACCAACAAUCUCUUCCUCCUCCCCCACAAGCUCUACACAUACACCACACCAAACCACACAUUCCACCACUUCCCCUGUUUACACCUUCGACCACAGCCCUCACUCCAUCCCUCGCUGGGCUCUGAUCCCUGAUCCGGCAGCUACCAGUCUGCUAGAGGAGUUUGUCAAUUAUGACAAUGAGAUUGCCCCCAUUCUGCAAGAGUCCUACCCCCAGGUUCCGGUAAAGAUGAGGACUACAGAGCAGCCAGAGACGGAUACUGCACCUGCUUCCUAUGAGGAGACCCCCACUGUGAACAUCAGAGAUCUUGAUCCAUGCUUGUACAGCAUAUGUCAGAACGGAGGUUCCUGCUUCCAGACGGAAACCCGGGACAUCUGCCUCUGUGCUCUUGGAUUCACUGGGCAGUACUGCGAAAUAGAUAUUGAUGAGUGCGACUCCAACCCGUGUAUGAACGGCGCUACGUGCCUGGACCGGAUCGGUUCCUUCACCUGCACCUGCCUGCCCAGCUACAUGGGGAGGCUCUGUGAGCAAGACACGGAGGUGUGUGGAUCUGGUUGGCAGAAGUUCCAGUCUCACUGCUACAAAUACUUCAAGCAUCGGCGUCCGUGGGAGGCUGCAGAGAGGGAGUGUCGCCUGCAGGGGGCCCACCUGACCAGCAUCCUGUCCCAGGAGGAGCAAACCUUCGUCAACCGUCUGGGUGGAGAUUACCAGUGGAUCGGGCUGAGCGAUAAGAUGUUUGAGCGAGACUUCCGGUGGACCGACGGCCAGCCCAUG